GUGUCUCGCGUUUCUUUCAACGGGUACCGCGCGCACGUUCACCAUUUAAUAUUUGGAAUUUUCCUACGUUCUGAUUACUGCUCGUAGUAAGUUUUACAAACAAAUUCGUAUCCGUUUCGAAUUUUUUGCGAUUAGCGCCAAAUAGGAAAGUCGUAAGUGGUGCCGUCGAUAAGGUUGACUUUCGUUCGCCGCAUACUAUUAACCAACCGAUUUCAGGCGUCAUAAUCAAAGAGUAUUUAUCUCGUUACGACAGCGUGUUUUCAAAUCGGUAGUACUGCGCUGAGAAAAUUCUGACAGCUCGGAACCGUCACAAGAAAUGAUGUCGUUUUUAUUACAUUUUUUGAUAAAUUAUUAUUCUAGUUUCUAUUCGAAGACGUUCCUACGGCCUUAUCGAUUUUCCUAUUUAGCGCGCGAUUGUAUUUUGUACUUUUUCGAAAGGCGUGCGGCGGGGCGUCUACUAGGCGCUUUCGAAAAACAUUAUAAAAAUUUUCUUAGCGGGCGAACGGACGUCGAGAGCGGUGUUGUAAAUUGGUAAUAAUUCCGUUCAUUACACAGUAAUACAGUGCCCGAAUAUGGGUUAGCGGUAAGGAAUUCUGAGAUCUUGCGACCAUUGACUUCUGUGAUACUUUAAUUGUUUGUUUGUGUGUGUUUUCUAUUUUGUUUGUAUGAUAGUUGUGUCUAGUGCGUUCCGAUCGUGAAAGUUAACUAUAGAAUUGUGUUUUUGUGCUGUUACGGAUUUCAUGGAUGCCUGGAAGUGAUACCAAUAAGGAUAUUUAGAACUGGUGUGGUCACAAGUGGACAGCUGAUCACGAACCAACCUAAUACACGACACCUGACGUGAACCACCGAUGGAACAUUCCACUGCGUUAAUUUAAGAGAACAUUGGCGCACGCCCAGCGCCCGUCUGCCUUGAUACCAAAGCCUUAGUAAAUGUAAGAUGAUGCCGCAGCAAUAUUGCUUGCGGUGGAAACACCACCACUCCAAUGUGCAGAACAUGUUCGCGCAACUGCUCGAAAAAGAGCGGUUUUGCGACGUGACGCUGUACUGCUCGCCGAGCUUCGCGACCCAAGUGCCUGACAAAGACACGGUGGAGCCACAAAACAUCAGAGGCGUCUCGCUGCGUGCUCACAGAGUGGUGUUGGCCGCGUGUUCAGAACUUCUGGGCGCCUUGCUGGGCGCGCAUGAGGCGCAGGGCGAGCCCGUUCUCGUGAUAGACGGCGCCGAACCGCGGCAUCUGCGCGCGUUACUGCACUACAUGUACACCGGCGAGAUGAAUGUACACCAUUCACAGCUAGCGAGUUUACUGAAGACAGCUGAGGACCUUCGCAUCAAAGGACUCACGGACAUACGGUGGAACAACAAGGAUGAACCGCCUGACUGCGACCCAGAGGUAGGUUGUUUCACUGCGGUCGCUUCACAAGUGAAGAAACCGGAACAAAAACCGCCUGAGAAGCAAGCGGAAGCAAAGCAAGCGUCCCCGAAGCAGAUGUCGCCGAAGCAAGCGUCACCGAAGCAUGCGUCGCCGAAGCCCAGUACGCCAGAUUUAACGGAGGAUGGAAACUUGAGUUUGAAAACUGAGACGGAAGUUGUUGAUACCGAAGUUAGGGAAAAAAUUAAUGUUAACGGUGGCCCGCCACCACUAAUAAAACUACCCAUCAAAGAAAAAUCCAACCCCUUGAAAAGGGAACACUCAGACUCUGAAUCACCAAGUCCGAAGAGACAGCGUUUACCCAGCGGCACCGAGAAUACGGACGAUGAAUCGGCGUCACAUUCCAUAUCGGAGAAAGAUUCAGAAUGGCAACACGGCAAUUUGGACAUAUCAGCCGAACGGGUGGUGAACUGGGGCGGGGCGGCUGUGGGCGCGACCGGCAACUUGUCGGCCAACUUGUCGGGCGACUGGUCGCGAGACGCGUCCGACGACGAGUGGGCCGACACGCCUGCAGAUAUAGGAUCCUUCCUGCACACGAGGCUACGAGUCGACGGGGAUAACAGCGCAGACGAGGAUUCUAACGACAGUGCGGGCGGGGCUUUAUCUGUCGCAUCUGCGGCCGCGUCAUCCUCCGCUUCAGUAGACCGUGACACUUCCAAGAUAGAUCUGCCACCAAUCGGAACUAAACUGACGGUAGGCCCCAAAUCAGGUCCCACGGAUCCCCGGUUCGCGGACGUGGUGAAGUUGAGCGACUAUCUGCAGCACGGCAGACGGCCGCAGUUCUGGGAAGAGCACUAUGUCAAGAGGGUGAUGGAAGCGGUCCGUAUGAAGGAGUUAGAAAUGAAACAAGCGGCCGAAAUCCUGGGCGUCAGUUACGGCACCCUGUACGGGCGGUACAGAGACGUUUAUGGGUGUAUCAACCGGCCGUACAGAACUGCUCGCGACUUCUGGCAAGCAAAGGGUCCUUCUGAAGUGCUGGAUCGGCUUCAGAGAGGAGACAUCUCAGUGGAAGCCGCCUCCCUCGCGCUGGGGGUGGGGGUUAAUAACCUCGCCGCUUAUAUGGCGGCCGACUUUAGCGCCGACAAAGAUUUCGACCCGAUACCUAUUGAAGUGGAUCCGUCUCUGAAGGUGCGUCGCACCUAUACCGGGGGCACACCAUCGUCAGCGCCGCCCAAACCUAUGAAGAAACCAUCGCCGUCCAUAGACAAGCCGCAGACUAAGAAGAUAAUGAUCGGCAGUUUGACAGACGAUGAUCCUAUACCAGCCACAGUGAUAGCUACCAGUGAGGCGGCUACCCCCACAUCCAAUUCCAGCAGCGGCAAAUGGCCCACAAUCCGCGUCGCCAGCCUGGACACUUUACGCGGCUCCCCAGCCUCCCCUUCCGCGUUGAUGCGGACGCGGCCCGACCUCACCAUAGUGGCUGCCAAGCGGGACGCGCGCGACGGGGACGCGUGACCGGGACACUAUUGGGAUGGGGACUGACCGGGACACUAGCGGGCCGGGGAUUGACCGGGACACUAGCGGGCCGGAGCUGACCGGGACACUAAUGGAAAGGGGACUGACCGGGACACUAACUCUUCAUCUGUUCCCGACGACUAUCUUGUGAGGAUGCCUGUUUGUAUAUGCUUAGAAAUGUUCAUCUAUAAAUGUAAUAUUUAAAAGCUGUUGGAAAAUAUUGUCGUUCAUCCGUUGUUGUAAUCAAAUAUCGUAAUUAGCAAAAAGCUUUUAUUACAACUCUACACCUUUAGAGGCUAUAGGAUUGUUUCAAUCUUAAUACAUUUUUGGGGUAAAUAUAUGUUGUUAUAUAUUACUGUCUUAUUAUAUAUAUAUAGUUAUAUAUAAAAGACAGAAAGACUUUAUAUCUAAAAGAAAAGAAAAAAACAGAUUUGUCAUCUUUUCUCAUACCUAAAUAUUAUUGUAAUCAUGAUAACUAAUAUUAAAUUUUUGUUAUUGUUACGUAUAGUCUUCUUUUUUGUUAAUGUUAUACUUAUAGUAAUUUUAAAAUUUUACCGUUUAAAUUCACGGCUAUGAAGUGCACGUCUUAAUUUUACUGGGCUGCGUAACAAAACCUACGCUCUGAGUGGAACAAAUGUCAAUUUUGACAUAAGUUUACUACAUUUUAUGUCAAAAUUUAAACGUCAAAGUGAAAUUUUGCUCUCGGAACGUAGGUUUGGUACGCAGCCCUGGGCUACUUUCGGAAUCAUAGAGGUAUAAGAAUAGAGUAGGGGAAAUAUAGACUCUACUAUAAGUGGAAGAGUUCCUCUAAUAGAAAGAGAAAGAAGAUGAGAGACCGCUAGCUUUCUCUCUCUAAUCGCGCAUGCGCAUUGGCCACCGUAACCAUCUUAUUA